UGAGUUCCUUGGUUGGUGGGUGAGGGAAUGCAUAUCCUGAACUCAAAAUGCUAAUUGGUGUGAGAAUCUUACAUUUUGUAAAAUUUUGUCCCAUCUGUUAUUGGAUUUCUAAACUCCAAAAAGCAAAAUUUUGUUUAAAAUCAGUGUGUUUAUUCGAAUUUGUUUAAAAUCGAGCGAUUGGUGAUAUGAAAUUCGGGAAAGAAUUCGGCAUCCAUUUGGAAGAAACCCUACCUGAAUGGAGGGACAAAUACUUGUGUUACAAGCCUUUGAAGAAGCUUAUCAAGCACAUCCCUUCUUCCACCGGCGAUAAUCCACCUCCGCUACCGCCGCUGCCGCCCGCGACAGCGGCCGCGACCGAGCUGCAGGAUUGGUUUAUCAGAAUUCUCAAUGAGGAACUCGACAAGUUCAACGAUUUCUACGUGGAUAAAGAGGAAGACUUCAUUAUCCGUUUCCAGGAACUGAAGGAAAGAAUUGAACGUGUGAAGGAGAAGAGCGACGAAGAUGGAGUUCUUGCAACAAACAAUGAAUUCAGUGAAGAAAUGAUGAAUAUCCGUAAAGACUUUGUUUCCAUACACGGGGAGAUGGUUCUUCUGAAAAAUUAUAGCUCAUUAAAUUUUGCAGGACUUGUUAAGAUCUUGAAGAAGUAUGAUAAACGAACUGGGGGAUUGUUGCGUCUUCCUUUUACACAAGUUGCACUUCAUCAGCCGAUCUUUACUACGGAACCUCUGACGAGAUUAGUCCAUGAGUGUGAGGCUAAUCUUGAGGUCUUAUUUCCUUUGGAAGCAGAAGUUGUUGAAUCAGCUGCCCCUGCAGAUGAACAGAUGGGAGCAACUUCUUCAUAUGCUUCCAAUGUUCUCCCUGAUACAACAUUUCCACAGGGGGAAGAAAAUGGGGAUAUAUACCGAAGCACGCUAGCUGCAAUAAGAGCCAUUCAGGGACUAAAGAAAGCAAGCUCAACACAUAACCCACUGUCAUUUUCAUCUAUUUCUGGGAACCAAGAUAAUGAUAGCCCAGGUGCUGUAACAGCAGAAGACUCCGAUUCUGACUCAUUGGUUGCCUCUCAGAAUGGUGAAGAGAUGAACCAUGAAGUUUCCAGUUCACCAAAAUAGAGUUGACCGAUCUUGUUUUGUUUUGUUCUGUUCAUUAUGUAUAGUGCUAAAACUGUGCACUUUCUGCGUUGUGUGCUAUAGGUCUGAAUAACUGCUUACCCAAUCAAUAAUAUAAAGGAAUUAACUUUAAA